GGUGGGCUGGGCAGGGAAGUCCUGAAGAAGAGAACAGACCUCGCAGCCUCCCUCAAGGCUUCAGACACGACUUGGGCAGCAGCUGCAGGGCGGGGUCUGUGACAGCUCCAGCGCUUCAUAUAAAGAGCCCGAUCUCUCCAGAGAACAAGGCUAGCAUUGAGCACAGCGGAGUGGGACGGGUGCAGGGGAAAGGGCACAGGGAGGGAGGGCACGAAUAAAAAGACACAGCAAGGGGGUGGAAAUCCAGCGUGAGAAAAGCCCAGAGGACGCGGAUCUUGUACCCACACGGCGCUGAAAGGGACCAUGGCUUGGCUUUACCUGACGUGCGCUGCUCUUCUCUCCGGAACUUUGGUCGCAGCCUUUAACCUGGAUACCGACAAUGUCAUUUCUAAAGGAGGAGACCCCGGGAGCUUGUUCGGCUUCUCACUGGCCAUGCACUGGCAGCUGGAGCCACAGGACAGGCGACUAUUGUUGGUUGGUGCACCUCGAACAAAAGCCUUCGCUUCUCAGAAAGCCAAUGUGUCAGGUGGUUUGUUCUACUGUGAUAUCACAUCCACAGAUCCAUGCACAAGAGUUAAGUUUGAUGAAACAGUUGACUUGCAAGUGGAGAGUAAAGAAAACCAAUGGAUGGGUGUCAGUGUACAGAGUCAAGGACCAGGAGGCAAAAUUGUGACCUGUGCCCAUCGAUACGAGAGGAGAAGAUUUGUGAACUCCCCCCAGGAAUCUCGAGAUAUCACAGGAAGAUGCUACAUGCUGAGCCAAGACUUCACCAUAUCAGAUGACAUGGAUGGAGGCGAAUGGAACUUUUGUGAUGGCCGUCUCAGAGGUCAUGAGAAAUUUGGAUCCUGCCAGCAGGGUGUUGCUGCAACAUUUACAAAGGACUAUCAUUAUGUUGUGUUUGGGGCCCCAGGAACAUACAACUGGAAAGGAAUCGUUCGGGCAGAACACAGAAAUAGCACAUUGUUGGACGUUGGGAUUUUAGAAGAUGGUCCAUAUGAAACUGGUGGUGAAACAAAACGCAAUGCUGACUUAGUGCCUGUUCCCGCGAACAGUUAUUUAGGGUUUUCAUUGGACAGCGGUAGAGGAAUAACCUCUAAAGAAGAAAUGACCUUUGUAGCAGGGGCUCCAAGAGCCAAUCACAGUGGAGCCGUUGUGCUCCUGAAGAAAUAUCCUCCCAAUGAAAGGAUGUUGUCUCCAGAGUUUAUAUUCCAUGGGGAAGGUUUGGCCUCAUCCUUCGGUUACGAUGUAACAGUGGUGGAUCUAAACAGCGACAGUUGGCAGGAUAUUGUCGUCGGCGCCCCUCAAUAUUUUGAAAAGGAUGACAAAGAAAUCGGAGGUGCGAUCUAUGUGUACAUGAAUGAAGCUGGCAAGUGGGAAAAUGUUCAACCAAAACGAAUUGUGGGAACCAAGGACUCCAUGUUUGGUAUUUCCGUAAAAAAUAUUGGAGAUAUCAAUCAAGAUGGCUACCCAGACAUUGCAGUCGGAGCGCCGUAUGAUGAAGGUUAUGGGAAAGUCUAUAUUUAUCAUGGUUCCAAAACUGGAAUAAUAGAGAAACCUGUACAGAUUAUUGAUGGAAAGAGCACAAAUACUCGGGCGUUUGGAUACUCUAUUGCUGGAAACAUGGAUCUAGACAGAAAUUCAUACCCAGAUAUUGCAAUUGGAUCUCUGUCAGAUUCUAUAAAUGUAUUCAGGACUCGCCCCGUUGUCAGCGUCAAGAAGAGGAUUAAAGUGACACCGGAGAGAAUUGACUUCAAUAAGAAAGAUGUAAACUGUCCUGCAGCAAGCAAAAUCUGUUUGACAGUUGACGUCUGCUUUUCGUAUAGCGCUAUGCCCCGGAAUUACAAUCCCAUUCUAACACUUGGCUACACACUGGAAGCUGAAACUGAAAGGACCAAGUUAGGUUUGUCAUCCAGGAUUGCCAAUUUCCCAGAGCCAGGAACAAUAACCCUACGACAACAGGAUCAGGAAAAAUGUUUCCAGAAAGUUCUAUAUGUGCAGGAAAAUAUUAAGGACAAACUCCGACAUAUUCCUGUGUCUGUUACUGUGGAUAUUAAAAAUGUCCGUCGGAAAAAAAGACAGAGCGGCUCACUUCCAGAACUUAUGCCAAUCCAGGAUGUAAAUGAGCCAAAAACAAUCACAACCGAGGCUCAAUUUUUGAAAGAAGGAUGCGGUGACGAUAAUAUCUGCAACAGCAACAUGAAGAUCUCUUACAACUUCUUCAACCAAGAAGCAAAGGACACCUUCACUGAACUGAAGAAGGAGAAUGGUGUUCCAGUGCUGGCUCUUCAGGAUCAGAGAAAUAUUGCUCUUGAAAUCACAGUCACAAAUAAGCCAUCGGAUCCUAAUAAUCCCACUAAAGAUGGAGAUGAUGCCCAUGAAGCCAGGCUUAUCGCAGAUUUGCCAAACACGCUGUCCUUCUCUUCCUUCAGUUUCCCAACGAACCAACAGGAAAAACAAGUUAUUUGUGUAUCAAAUUCAAACGGAUCAAAAGUGGAGUGUGACCUUGCAAAUCCUUUUAAAAGGAAUGCCAAUGUAACAUUUUAUCUUGUUAUGAAUACAAAUGAAAUAACAGUUGACACUAAGGAUCUGCAGAUACCACUCACUUUGGAAACGACAAGCUCUCAACCUGACCUAGGCCCUGUAGUUGCUAAAGCACAGGUGGUGAUUGAGCUUUUGCUGUCAGUAUCAGGGGUUGCCGAUCCCUCCCAGGUGUACUUUGGAGGAAAGGUGGCUGGGGAAAGUGCCAUGAAAACAGAGGACGAUGUUGGAAGUUUGGUGAAUUUUGAUUUCAGAGUCACUAAUUUCGGACGGCCCCUGAAAUCUUUGGGUGCAGCAUUUUUAGACAUUCAGUGGCCAAAAGAGAUCACCAAUGGAAAAUGGCUUCUGUACAUUGUAAAAAUAGAGUCCCAGGGCCUGGAAAAAAUGUCUUGUCUACCUAAGGGGGAAAUUAACAGACUGGAAUUGCUGGAAUCUGGAAAAAGUCGAAAGAGGCGGGAGAUUGGAGAAAAGCAGACUGGUGGGGAUGGAAAAUCAUUUUCCUUGUUCGCUGACAGGAAAUACAUGACACUGGACUGUAAUAAUCAUGCAAGCUGUGUUACAAUUAGAUGCCCCCUUCAGGGUCUGGACAGCAGUGCAUUCAUUAAAGUGCGGUCAAGGCUAUGGAAUAGCACCUUCAUUGAGGAGUAUUCAAAGAUGAAUUAUCUGGACAUUCUAGUGAAAGCCUCCAUCAAUAUUGAUACAAAAGCGGAAAACAUCAAAUUGUCAAAUGAGGGUUACCAGGUGCGCGUUACGGUUUUCCCAGAGAAGAGACAGAUGCAAUAUGCAGGAGUGCCAUGGUGGAUCAUCGCGCUUGCCAUACUCUCUGGAAUUUUAGUGCUUGCAGCAGUAGUGUUCCUUUUAUGGAAGUUUGGAUUUUUUAAACGUUCCAGGUACGAUGAUAGUGUCCCUCGAUACCACGCUGUACGAAUUUCCAAAGAAGAACGCCAAUCUAAAGACGGAAAAUUGAAACCGGACAGUGAAAAAAAACAAUGGGUCACCAACUGGAAUGAAAACGAAAGUUAUUCCUAGGAAUGUUUUUUAUUUCUUUUUUAAAUAAUAAUUACUGUUAAUUGAAAGACGGCUCCAGGCGACAGGCUUUAACUUGAAUUGUCUUCGGAUAUCGUUACUACUCCUGAGGCAGUUAAGACUUGCACAGGGAAACCUUAAUUGGAGACUUUAAAAAGAAAUGUGAUCGAAAGUGAAAUAUUGGUCAAAAGUCAUUGCGCUAAUGGACAUGUGACAGUUAUUGCUUGGUAAUAAGUGGUUUUGUAGGUGCACGCGGCGUGAGGAAGGGGUGUGGAUAUACUUGUUCUGCUGUAAUUAUGCAAUAAACAUGGAGGCACCACUGAACUGUUGAGCAAAGGAAAAAACAAUGACACUCUUUCUAAAGGUACUCAC